AUGUGGUCUAAAUCACUGGCGCUUUUCUUCGCAAGCGUCCUAGCUUCUGGACUUGUGCAGCCAGCUAAUGCUGGAUCAAACACAGGAUGUCGCUGUGUCCCAGGAGACAAGUGCUGGCCGUCGACUGUUGGAUGGAAGGCCAUCAACCUGCUCUUGGGCAACACGUUGAUCAAGACGGAGCCAAUUGCCCAAUCCUGCUACGAUGGCCCUGCCAAAGACCUCGACCACUGCAGCUAUGUCACCGACAUGUGGACAGACCAAGACUUCCAAGGCAGCGAUCCCAUCGGACGCGCGUACCCUUACAAUAUCACUUGUCCCACGGUCGACUACGAUGCGGGCGAGGUCCCCGAGAAGCAAUGCAUCCUCGGCCAGCUGCCCACAUACGCCGUUCGCGCUACGAACCGAUUGCAUAUCUACGGUGCUCUCCUUGUCGCGCGACUGUAUAACAUCCGCUUGACUGUAUCGAGCACCGGACAUGACCUGCUGGGUCGCGGCGACGGCUACGGCAGCCUCGCGCUCUGGCUGCGCCAUUACAGAAACGAUAUCAAGUUCCAGGCACAGUUCCAGUCUGCCAGUCGCUGCGCAAAGUCUGACUGGACAGGCAGCGCCAUCCACAUUGACGGCGCAUACCAGUGGCGCGACGUCUACAAGGUCGCGCAAGACAACAAUGUCAUCGUCGUCGGCGGCGGCUCACCCACGCCUGGUGCCAUCGGAGGAUGGCCAUCAGGAGGUGGUCACGGUCCUGCGACGCGCAACUACGGCCUCGGCGCAGACCAGAUCCUCGAGCUCGAGGUGCUCCUAGCUGACGGGCGCAUCGUCAUGGCUAACCACUGCCAGUAUACGGAUCUCUUCCGCGCCAUUCGGGGCGGCGGUCCAGGAUACGGCAUCGUGCUGAGCAGCACUGUCAAGGCGUACCCGAAUGUCGACACCGUCACCGCCCACCACCUUACCAUUGUGCCCAAGAAACACAGCCACGAGAAUAAGGAUCUUCUUGAUGCCGUGUCCACUCUCAUGCAGCUGUAUCCCGAUCUCAGUGACGCGGGCUUCGCUGGCUAUGCCUUUUGGUUUCGCAACUACCCUGGCAACUUCAUUGGCGACAGCCCGUCGGGUUAUCAGCAUGGCUUUUGGACAAUUGGGAAGGGCCAAGAUGCCGCAGAGAAGGGCUAUGCACCUGUGCGACAGGCACUAGACAAGUACAAGGAUGCUUUGACUUUCAACGAGACCUGGGCAACCUACAGCGACUACUGGUCUUUCUACAAGGCAGAGUCUGGUCUCUACGACCCUGUCGGCCAGACUUCCAUCCUCACAUCUCGCUUGAUUGACCGUGAGUCGGUCAAGGACUUUGAGGCUGUACGCGGCGCAGUUGAGGUUCUAGGCGGUGGACAGGAGGAGAUCGUCUCCAACGUCGUGCUCCUCGUCUCUGGCGGCAAGGUAUUUGAGGAUGCCAAAGACACAACUUCGGGCCUUCAUCCUGCGUGGCGCAAAUCCUCAUACGCUAUCAUCACUGGAUCAGGCGUGCCGAAAACAGCCUCAAAUGAGCUUCGCAAAGCGCAGAACGACAACAUCACUUUCAUCAAGGGUGCUGCGACAAAGAAGCUGGCACCCAACACUGGCGGAUACAUGAACGAAGGUGACAGGAAUGAUCCUGAUUAUAUCAACACUUUUUACGGACCCAACUAUGAAAGCCACCUGGCCGCCAAGAACAAGUAUGAUCCGGACAACAUCUUUUUCUGUGCAUCUUGUGUGGGCGCGGAGCAGAUGGUAGAGAGAGUUGACGGGCCGUUGUGUUAUGCCUAG